CUUAUUAAAUAGAUCAUGGAUGCUCUUCAUCUUCCAGUAUUCAUACAUCCAACUGAGUUUUUCUUCAACCUUUCAGACCGAAGCUCACACAAACAGUUACUGACAAUAUACAACCCUUAUGAUUUUCCUAUACGGUAUAAACUACGCUCAACAAGCCCAAAAAAGUACAGCCUGAGUGAAGUGGAAGGUGUGAUCGACUGUCGGGGAAUCGCUGAUAUCGCUAUUAGGCAUCUGAAUGCCUCUGCUGAGCAUCUUAAUGUCAAGGACAAAUUUAGAAUACAAAUAUUUGAGCAUACAUCGCCCAGUUCAAAUCAAGCGAGCAAACAACUCGGACAAAAAGAUUUCUCGGCUAUAAUCAUUGACAAUCAAUCAAACAACAAUUCCUCGAAGCUGCAGAGAAAAAGUGACGCUUUUUCUGAAUCAGGAAAUUUCAACGACUCAUUGCUGCAACCUGUUCUUAAUGAAGGUAAUAAUGUUUCUUUUUCGGAAAGACUGAUUAACCUGGGGUCCCACAAACAACUCGGACAAAAAGAUUUCUCGGCUAUAAUCAUUGACAAUCAAUCAAACAACAAUUCCUCGAAGCUGCAGAGAAAAAGUGACGCUUUUUCUGAAUCAGGAAAUUUCAACGACUCAUUGCUGCAACCUGUUCUUAAUGAAGAGCUUGAUCGAACUGAUUUCCAAUCCUUGCCCGGUAACAGAGUGCUAUCCAGACAUGCAUCAGACCAAACCGGAAAUGUCUUCACUUCAAACCAGAUCCAAGUCGUUCAAAAAUCAGGAAGCUGCGAAUUACCUCAAUCGCAGACGAGUCCGCGACUUCAAAAUCUAAGUGUAAAUAACAACAAGACACCGAACACGUGGUGUGUUGUUUUGACAUUUGUCUGUCUUUUUGCCUUGCUUCUGCCUACUGCCGUAACUGAAGAUCAGUUAGCCAAUAAAUGCACAUCAUCAAAUCCAGAGGAAGGCUCAAAUUUCCAGAUGUUUUCAACGGGACAAACUUCUUCAGUUGGGUUCAUGCACAUGAUAGUUCCUUCGUUUUUUCAUAUUUCUGUCAACCAGAAACUGAUUGCUGCAUUUACUCUUGGUCUUCUUACAAUGGCGAUGUUGCAGAAUGCAUAGAUUAAAAUCUAUCUGAUUGAACUGAAUGAAAUUACAUAACUGUAUGGAAUUUAUUCUUUACUUGUUUCAAAUGUGCAGUAUCUUCAAUCGAAAAUAAAUCAGAGGAUGGCAUUGUUAGAUAGUCUAGAAUUUAAAUUAUAUUGACCAUAAGAAAAAAAAUAGGCUGCAGAGUUCUUCAGAAUGUUUUGAACUGUCGAGAGUCUAACUGACUUAAGCUUCUAUCAAGUAUUUGUUGCUAUCUCUCUGAAUAAUUAUUGUUGAUAGUUAGUUUAGUAAUUUCAAAAAGUAAUUGAUAUGUAUGUUACGCAGUUUUAUCUCAUUUUGUCUUUGAUUUAAGCUAGCUAGCUUUUUAAAAUUAGUUUGUACAAAUUUCUCGAAUUUA